AUGGAUUCAGAGACACAAGAACCAGAUGAUUCACCAUUUUGGGAAACAGAUUAUGAUACACCUCCUGCACUUGCUCCUGAAUGCAAAAGCUUUAAGUGGAAAGUAGAAGUCAUAGAUAAUGAAGGAAAUAUUGAAGGAAAAAUGGUAACAUCUAAAGAUGUCUGGAAAUUUCAAAACAGUAAAGUGAUUGUGCACUUUGAUGAAGAUAGCGGACAACCAAUAGGAGAGUCAGGAGGUCUACUAGGAUCAUGGUUAGGUCAAUUAAGCAAUGAUGUGAAUUUGCUACCCAUUAACUAUAGUGAUUGGAGGAUGGUUAACCCUCACAUUAAGAACAAGGCAUGGGAAGUAAUUCAGUCCAAAUUCAGAUGUAAGGAUGUCAAACUACGUCUUUGGAAAGAAUAUAAGCAAAAUACUCCAACUGAGACAUUACUAAAUCGACCAAAGAAGGUUCCAGAAAAUCAAUGGGGUCAUUUCGUCCACAUGAGAUUUACUGAAAAGUGGAAGAAAAUGCAGGAGCGGAAUACACAAAACCAAAAAAAACAUACCAUGCCUCAUGUAUGUGGAAGAAAGAGUUUUUCAAGAAGAAGAAAUGAGAUUAAAAUCAAAACUGGAAAAACACCACGUCGAGCAGAGUUUUUCAUUGAGACUCGCACAAAACCGAAUGGAAGCUUUGUAUGUGAAGAAGCAAAAGAACGAGCGGAAGCACUCACUACAUUGUUGCAGCAAAAUCAGCACAUUACAAACAAUGUUACAGCUAGUUUGGAUGAUGAAUAUGCACAAGUUUUUGGUCCAGAGCGUCCAGGACGAGUAAGAUGUGUUGGUCGUGGACCUACACCUUCAAAAUUAGUGUGCCGCUCGACUGCAGCUAGAUCAGAUAUAGAAAAUUCAGAAAUGGUUGUUGAGCUGAAGACACAAGUGAAAGAGUUAUCAGAUCAAGUUAAAGGAAUGACUACAUUCAUCCAACAAAUAAUUGGUACUUCAACUGGUGAACAGGCACGAACAUGGGCUGCAAGUUUUGCUGUUGCCUUUGCUGACAUACCAAAUCCAACUUUUGUCAGCAUACCAAGUCCAUCUAAUCCAAAUCAGGAAAAAGAGUGA